AUGGCAGACUUGAAGAAUGCUUCUCCUGAUCAUUAUCCUGUGCCAAGGGAUGAUGAGGAGGGUUUGACGAUCCAGCGGGAUUGGACUGAAGAGGAGGAAAGAAAGGCAAAAUGGAAGCUUGAUCUGAUUGUUAUGCCAAUCCUGACGCUGGGCUUUUUCUGUCUCCAGCUUGAUCGCGGGAACGUGGCUAACGCGGUCACUGAUAAUUUCUUCAAAGAUGUCGGCAUUACUCAAAAUCAGUUUAAUGUCGGUCAACAAAUGUUGUCGCUAGGUAUUGUUCUCUUUGAAAUCCCCUCAAACAUGAUCCUCUACCGAGUCGGUCCUGGAAAAUGGUUGACACUUCAACUCUUCCUCUUCGGUACUGUCAGCACCUUCCAGGCAUUCCAGAAUAAUUAUGGGUCGUUCAUCGCAACAAGAUUUCUCCUCGGCAUGACUGAAUCUGGCUUUAUCCCUGGAGGUCUCUGGACAAUCUCCACUUGGUACACUAGAAAAGAGACUGCUAAGCGUGUGAUGAUCUUUUAUUUCGGAAACCAAUUUGGUCAGGCCUCAGCCAAACUCCUGGCGUUUGGUAUACUUCAUAUGCGUGGAGUAGCCGAUCGCUCUGGCUGGUUCUGGCUGUUUGUUCUGAUGGGUGCCUUCACCUGCUUCUCCGGUUUCAUCUUUGGUCUCUUCCUUCCUGACUCCUUUCGCAAUCCUUGCUCGACUUUCCUGCCCAAACGUGCAAUCUUCACACCCAGAGAAGUCCAUAUUCUCAGGAGCCGUGUCUUACUGGACGAUCCAGCAAAGGGAAAGAAAAAGAAGAAGAUCGGCUUGGCCGCUUUCAAAAAGGCUUUCAGUAACUGGCGAAUGUGGGCACAUUUGCUCAUCACCUUUUCCAACAACACUCCCCAGCGUGGUUUUGAUACAUACGCACCCUCUAUUGUCAAGGACUUUGGCUUUGCUGGGCUCUCGGCAAACGCUCUUGCAGCUGUUGGCUUGUUCUUACAGAUUCCUGUCUCUUAUACCUUCAGCUAUGUCUCAGAUCGUUUCACACGACGUGGUGAAACCGUUAUGGCAGGCUUGAGCAUGCAUCUGCUUGGCUAUGUAUUUAAUCGUGUCUUCACCGAGAUCAACAGUCGUGGUGUCCGUUACUUCGGUGUUGUAUGGACACAGACAUUUGGAACCUUUUCUCACCCCUUGAAUAUCUCCUGGAUGUCCCUGACCUGUACCGACUCGGAAGAAAGAGCUCUAGCCAUGGCUAUGGUCAUUAUGGGCGCUAAUCUCGCCGGCGUGGCUGGGGGUCAACUAUACCGAGCGGACGAUCGUCCGAGGUAUCGCAGAGCGUUUAAUGUCAGUAUUGCUGUUUUAGCGGUCGGUUUGGCUCUUGCAGUCAUCAGAUUCUUGGACGACAAGCUCAGAAGGAAAAAGACCAAGAAUCUAACACCAGAAUCGGAUACUGGAUCUGAGACAUAUGGUGAUGGUGUCCUGAAGGCAGCUGUACCUGCUGAUGAACAACCACAGCUCAUCGCGUUGAAUGGCCGUGGAGUUUCGUUAUCAAAAGCAGACAUCUGA